GAUACACGGGUUCCAUCGAGAACGCAACUUGCUCACGCCAAGAGGAUGACCUACGCAUACGCAGAGAGAUUGGCACCAAGGUUCCGGAUGUUGACUAUGCCAUUGAGGUGCUUAUGUCAGCUGGGAUGUCAACACCAGCCUUACGCGGGAUUGCGCUGAAGGGCGUCUCGAUCCGCCAAGCCGCGAAUCCAGAGAUUGCGCUGCCGAUGCUGCUACUGGGAUCUUUCACCGUGCUUACUUCCACCCAGCUUGUACUGAAUACGAUUUUCCCCAGCAAGGCCCGGGAGCAUCCGGCUUGGAUGGUUACCACGAUUGCCGAGCGCAUGCUGACGCUGCUUCAGCUCCUGCGACAACCUAA